UUAUUCUGCCCCAGCUGAUGUUUGAGCCAGCAUGUCGCGGAGAAAGCAAGCGAAGCCUCAACAUUUCCAAUCCGACCCCGAAGUGGCCCCGCUCCCCCGACGAGAUGGAGACACAGAGAAGGGUCAACCAAAUCGAACCACUAAGAACAAGGACGCCCACAUCUGUGGCAGGUGCUGUGCGGAGUUCUUUGAAUUAUCAGAUCUUCUGCUCCACAAAAAGAACUGUACUAAAAAUCAAUUAGUUUUAAUCAUAAAUGAAAAUCCUGCUUCCCCUCCUGAAACCUUCUGCCCCAACCCUCCUUCCAAUAAUCCUGGUGAACAACUGAAUGACACAGUUAACAAAACAGAUCAAGUAGAUUGCAGUGACCUUUCUGAACACAACAGGCUUGACAGGGAAGAGUCCAUGGAGGUGGAGGCCCCAGUUAUUAAGAAAAGCAGCAGCAGCAGCAGCAACCACAGCAGUAGCGCCCCGAGCAGCGGCGGCAGUGGCAGCAGUAGCAGCAGUGCCGCCCCAAGCUGCAAUGGCAGCUCCUCUACAGGUACCUCAGCGACCACAACCUCUCUACCUCAACUCGGGGACCUGACGACACUGGGCAAUUUCUCCGUGAUCAACAGCAACGUCAUCAUCGAGAACCUCCAGAGCACCAAGGUGGCGGUGGCCCAGUUCUCCCAGGAAGCGAGGUGCAGCGGGGCCUCCGGGGGCAAGCUGGCCGUCCCGGCCCUCAUGGAGCAGCUCUUGGCCCUGCAGCAGCAGCAGAUCCACCAGCUGCAGCUCAUUGAACAGAUUCGGCACCAAAUACUGCUGUUGGCUUCUCAGAACGCAGACUUGCCAACAUCUUCCAGUCCUUCUCAAGGUACUUUACGAACAUCUGCCAACCCCUUGUCCACGCUCAGUUCCCAUUUAUCUCAGCAGCUGGCGGCAGCAGCUGGAUUAGCACAGAGCCUCGCCAGCCAAUCUGCCAGCAUCAGUGGUGUGAAACAGCUCCCCCCAAUCCAGCUACCUCAGAGCAGUUCUGGCAACACCAUCAUCCCAUCCAACAGCGGCUCUUCUCCCGAUAUUAACAUAUUGGUGGCAGCGGUGACUACCCCCUCCUCGGAAAAAGUGGCUUCAAGUGCUGGGACCUCCCACGUCAACAACCCAGCCGUCUCAGCAUCAUCCUCACCAGCUUUUGCAAUAAGCAGUUUAUUAAGUCCUGCAUCUAAUCCACUUCUACCUCAGCCAUCCCCCGCUAACUCGGUUUUCCCCAGCCCUUUGCCCAACAUUGGAACAACCGCAGAGGAUUUGAACUCCUUGUCGACCUUGGCCCAGCAAAGAAAAAGCAAGCCACCAAAUGUCACUGCCUUCGAAGCAAAAAGUACUUCCGAUGAGGCGUUCUUCAAACACAAGUGCAGGUUCUGCGCAAAGGUCUUUGGGAGUGACAGUGCCUUGCAGAUCCAUUUGCGUUCUCACACCGGAGAGAGGCCGUUCAAAUGCAACAUCUGUGGGAACAGAUUCUCCACGAAAGGCAACCUGAAAGUCCACUUUCAACGUCACAAAGAGAAGUACCCUCAUAUCCAGAUGAACCCAUACCCUGUGCCUGAGCAUUUGGACAACAUCCCCACGAGUACCGGGAUUCCAUAUGGCAUGUCCAUUCCCCCUGAGAAGCCAGUCACCAGCUGGCUGGACACCAAGCCGGUCCUGCCCACUCUGACCACCUCCAUUGGCCUGCCAUUGCCCCCCACCCUCCCCAGCCUCACCCCCUUCAUCAAGACCGAAGAGCCAGCCCCCAUCCCCAUCAGCCAUUCUGCCGCCAGCCCUCCAAGCUCAGUCAAAAGUGACUCUGGGGUCCCUGAGCCAGUCACCAGAAACCCACCUGGGCUCCCUGUGGAAGCGGAAGGGUCCACCCUGCCACCCACCAGUGGGAAAACUGAAGAAAGCAGCGAGGUUACCGGUUCAGGCCUAACAGCGAGCAGAACCCUGAGCUCUCCAGCUGGGGACACCGGGGCAGGCAGUGCUGUUGCAUUAACCAACCCUCUGUUGCCACUCAUGUCAGAGCAGUUCAAGGCGAAGUUUCCCUUUGGGGGGCUGUUGGACUCAGUCCAGGCAUCAGAAACGUCCAAGCUGCAGCAGCUGGUAGAGAACAUUGACAAGAAGGCAACUGACCCCAAUGAGUGCAUCAUAUGCCACCGCGUUCUCAGUUGUCAGAGUGCCUUGAAAAUGCACUACCGGACACACACUGGGGAGAGGCCCUUUAAGUGUAAGAUCUGUGGCCGGGCUUUCACCACGAAAGGGAAUCUUAAAACUCACUACAGUGUCCACCGAGCUAUGCCUCCCCUCAGAGUCCAGCACUCCUGCCCCAUCUGCCAGAAGAAGUUCACAAACGCUGUGGUCCUGCAGCAGCACAUCCGGAUGCACAUGGGAGGCCAGAUUCCCAACACCCCGGUCACUGAGAGCUACCCCGAGUCCAUGGAGUCUGACACGGGCUCCUUUGAUGAGAAGAAUUUUGAUGACCUUGACAACUUCUCUGAUGAAAACAUGGAGGAUUGUCCUGAGGGCAGCAUCCCCGAUACCCCCAAGUCUGCAGAUGCAUCUCAAGACAGUCUGUCAUCUUCACCUUUGCCCCUGGAAAUGUCAAGCAUCGCUGCUUUGGAAAAUCAGAUGAAGAUGAUCAAUGCGGGCCUGGCCGAGCAGCUGCAGGCCAGCCUCAAGUCGGUGGAGAAUGGGUCGGUCGAGGGGGACAUCCUGACCAACGACUCGUCCUCCGUGGGGGGAGAUGUGGAAAGCCAAAGUGCUGGGAGCCCAGCUAUUUCAGAGUCUACCUCUUCCAUGCAGGCUCUGUCCCCAUCCAACAGCACCCAGGAGUUCCACAAGUCCCCCAGCAUCGAGGAGAAGACUCAGCGAGCAGCACCAAGUGACUUUGCCAAUGGUUUGUCUCCCACCCCAGUGAAUGGUGGGGCUUUGGAUUUGACCUCUAGUCAUGCAGAGAAAAUCAUCAAAGAAGAUUCUCUGGGAAUCCUCUUCCCUUUCCGAGACCGGGGUAAAUUUAAAAACACUGCUUGCGACAUUUGCGGCAAAACCUUUGCUUGUCAGAGUGCCUUGGACAUUCACUAUAGAAGUCAUACCAAAGAGAGACCAUUUAUUUGCACAGUUUGCAAUCGUGGCUUUUCCACAAAGGGUAAUUUGAAGCAGCACAUGUUGACACAUCAGAUGCGGGAUCUACCAUCACAGCUCUUUGAGCCCAGUUCCAACGUUGGCCCCAAUCACCACUCUUCAGUGCUUCCCACCAACUCAUUGACCACGCUCAUCAAGACAGAGGUCAACGGCUUUGUGCAUGUGUCUCCUCAGGACAGUAAGGACACGCCUACCAGUCAUGUCCCUUCUGGGUCUCUGUCAUCUUCUGCCACGUCCCCAGUUCUGCUCCCCGCUCUGCCCAGGAGAACUCCCAAACAGCACUACUGCAACACAUGUGGCAAAACCUUCUCUUCUUCGAGUGCCCUGCAGAUUCACGAAAGAACACACACUGGAGAGAAACCCUUUGCAUGCACUAUUUGUGGACGAGCUUUCACAACAAAAGGCAAUCUCAAGGUACACAUGGGCACUCACAUGUGGAAUAGCGCCCCUGCUCGGCGGGGCCGCCGGCUCUCUGUGGACGGCCCCAUGACAUUUCUAGGAGGCAAUCCUGUCAAGUUCCCAGAAAUGUUCCAGAAAGAUUUGGCAGCCAGGUCAGGAAGUGGGGAUCCUUCCAGUUUCUGGAAUCAGUAUGCAGCAGCGCUCUCCAAUGGGCUGGCAAUGAAGGCCAAUGAGAUCUCCGUCAUUCAGAACGGUGGCAUCCCUCCAAUUCCUGGAAGCCUUGGCAGCGGCAGCAGCUCACCUAUUAGUGGGCUGACGGGCAAUCUGGAGAAGCUCCAGAACUCGGAGCCCAGUGCUCCUCUAGCCGGCCUGGAGAAAAUGGCCAGCAACGAGAACCGAACCAACUUCCACUUCACACGCUUCGUGGAGGAUAGCAAAGAGAUCGUCACAAACUAAAGUGGUUCUUGGCUUGGGAAAGAACGUUCCUGUUCAGAAUGUGACCUAGUUGCCUCCACCGCCUCCUCUUCUGCCCCGUCUCUUGCCUCCAGACCCCCACUUCUCCAGGAACACCCCCCCCCAUGAACUACAACAGGAUGAAGACAUUCUUUUCUACCUUGUUCAACUUCUAGAGUUCUAAGAAAGCUUAUUUAUUAGUGAUAUAACCUUGCUUUGCAAACAGGAUGCAAGCAUUAACUUUGGUCUUCUGUAUUUUCAACUAAAUACUAAUUGACUAGAGUGUUGUAAACUUGCUGUAACAUUUAUGGCAAUUGCAAGUUGCCCUGCUAGGCGGUCUUAAUCUGGCAUUAACUUAUUUUCUAUACUCAGUUUAAUAUGAAUCUGGUGUUGAUGCAAUGUCUCCGUGAUGCAUUAGUUCCCUAAUAAAGUCUGUAUAUAAAUGUACAUUUUAAUCUUGCUGGAAAAUUUUAUCAGCAAACACAUUGUUGAAUCUCUCAGAACAGAUUUAAGGAAAGGACUGGAAAUACAAACUGAAGAGUGUGGUUCUCAAAAAAAAAAGUUCAGUUCUUUUCAUUUUUAUUCUAAAAUUCAUCCCUUUUUUUUGGUAGAUUUAACUAUUUCCGUUUUGAACUGCUAUUUGUAUUGUGUAUUUUACUUGAGUUGUCCUCAAUGUUAAUAUGUUUCUGUACAGUAAUAAGCACGCAGAAUUCUUUAGAGAAAUACAAGUGUUUUGGUAGUUGAAACUGAGACGUAACAUUUUGCCUUGUAGGUAUAUUCACAAUAGAAAAAUGUGUGCUGGGAUUUUACAAUGCUGCUAAGUAUAGCAUCUUGAACAACCUUCAGUGGAGAAAAUGUAGAUGCUCUUAUAUAUACAUACAAUAAGAAAUACCACUUUCAUUAAAAUGUACAUAUGUUCCUUCCUAGAGCAAAUGCUUCUGUUUGAUGAAGAGAGCAGGUUAUAGUGUUUGUUUAUUUUGUAUUAGAUAUGGAAAAAGAUUGGUCUGUUACAUGCACUUUUCUUGCAAAGUUGAAAGGGGGAUUCCAAUUACUUUAACAUUUAAAUAGUUACAAGAGAGAUUGUAAUUUUACUUAAGUAAUCAAAUACAUCCUUUUUUUUUUAACAGAUAAAAC